AUGGCUCACAAAAUCGGUCAAGCACGCCUUGAACAAAUCUGUUUGAGGUACCAACCAGCAAUCGAUAGAAGAUCUUCAAACUCCUUCAACGGAAAUCGAAGCUUGUCUGGACUCAAGACCGCUGACAUAUUAGAAGAUAAACCAGAGGGGUUGAUCCUGACUACCGCAUUCCAGAAGAAAUCUGAGAAUUACGCACGCGUGAGAAGGUUAAAGAUGCUUGAUGAUCCUCCUGUAAAGCGACAGGACUAUCUAACGAAUCCGCGGGAAAAACAUAAAACGUCCUUGACAAACCGAAGAAGUGAAAAAGAAAAACCGGCACUAGGCGAUGUUGUACUCAUAAGCGACCCUAAACAACUGGAAGUUGGAAGGAUCACGAAAAUGCGCAAUAUAACUGAUGGAAAUGUCAAAGAGGUCAAAUUUAUCACAGCAACGAGUAGAACAAUUCGUCCACCAGUAAACCUCUUGGUACCAGUGGAGAUACCUACGACGGAAUAUGCCAAGAAUGCGAUACCAGUGAACCGUUCGCUGCAAAAAGACCUUCUGCCUCGACUACAACUCCACAUCACCGUUACAGUACAAUGGAAAGGUCUCUAUCUACGUUACGAAAAAGAAACCCUACACUUCAUGCGACCUGCGAUAUUAAAAAUAUUAGAUACCAAACGUUGCCCAUUAAGUCAUGCGGAGAGAAAAAAAUGUGCUAAUAUCAACCCUCUGACUCUUGUUGAGGAGUAG